AUCUUUUUAUGCCGUCUGGUUGAAGGAGCACGUGUAGGGCUUUCGCGCAGAAAAUAGUUUAGGUCAUUUAUUUUCUUUUAUUUCGCCCACGCCAAGCAAAAAAACAUGGACGAGAUGUCGGCGUAUGUAGCCUACGGCAUGAAGAAAACCGCCAAAAAACCAGCAAAGAAGACGACAAAACAGAAUCGCCAAAAGCAGAAAGCGGCAAACAUUUACAGUUUGGCCACUAGUACACCAGCAAAAAUAAGUGCAGUUAAGCAAAAUAACGGUGCAAAAGGAAAAGCAAAAGCAAAUGGCGUCAAAGGUAACGCUAAGGCACAGACCACGAAAGACAGCGCAACCAAUUCAGUUGCAAAAAUGGCUGACGAGAGCGUUGACGACUAUUCCAGCGACAGCAGCUACGAUGAGGACGAAGAUAAUGAGGAACUCUCUCACAGCAGCAAUGAAGAUGAUUAUGGUAGCGAACUGAGCAGUGGCGAGGAAUUUGAGGAGUAUACUUUGAACAGUCCUUCCGGAUCCUGCUCCUGUUCUGCUAGCAGCGGCAGUAGCAACACUGAAAAUUCUCCACCCGCUGCUACUUCCAGUCGGACGCCAAAGAAGCGCAGCACUGGUGAUAUGGACGACAACAACAACAAGUCGCCGGCUGUCAAACAGCAAAAGUUGCAACCACAAGAGCAAAAGGAAGGAAAGGAGCUGUCGAAGAAGGGCUCACGGAAAUCAGCACCAGCAGCAGCUCCUUCUUGCCCACUGCUGCGUCUUUCUGGCAAUGCUGCUGCCAUCAAGUCAUCUGCGAUGCCCAGCAAAGCAACAGCUGAGAAACGCAAAUCUUGUCCCUUGCCAAAAAAGAUGGCCGCCGCUGGCAAAGGUGUGGCAGUGGUGAAACAAGAGCCGAAAGCAAAAGUCGAGUCAGUCCAAAAUGGCGGAGUUGAGGACAGUGUUGAGAGGGGCAUAUGUGUUUUAGGCGCGCUCCUCGAUCCAUUAAGUCUCGAUGAUUUUUUCAGUCGCUAUUGGGAAAGCAAGGCUUGUCAGGUGAAGCGCAAGCGUAAAGAUUUGUACUCCGAUCUGGUAUCCUUUGAAAUGAUUGAUGAGAUGCUGAUCGAGAAUCAUCUGGAAUUCACCACAAACAUUGAUGUGACCAGCUACAAGGAUGGGGUGCGUCAAACCCAUAAUCCUGAUGGACGCGCAAUGCCGCCCACUGUUUGGGGCCACUACAGCGAUGGUUGCAGCGUUCGCAUCCUGAAUCCCAGCACCUAUUUGAAGGGAUUACGUGGCGUUUGCGCGGCGCUGCAGGAGCAUUUCCAUUGCUUGGUCGGCGCCAAUGUAUAUUUGACGCCACCGAAUAGUCAAGGAUUCGCGCCACACUAUGAUGACAUUGAGGCAUUCGUUUUGCAGGUGGAGGGACGCAAACGUUGGCGCUUAUAUGAUGCGCCCAGUCCCAAUGAUGUCCUUGCACGCACCUCAUCGGGAAACCUGAAACAGCAGCAGCUAUCCAAGCCCAUUUUCGAUGAGGUACUGGAGGCCGGGGACCUACUCUAUUUCCCUCGUGGCUGUGUCCAUCAGGCUGUGACGGAGCAGCAGCAUCAUUCGCUGCACAUCACCUUGAGCGUCUAUCAGCAGCAAUCGUAUGCCAAUCUUAUGGAGGCCCUCAUGCCCGCCGUCCUCCAGAACGCCAUUAAGCAUAAUUUGGAUAUGCGUCGUGGUUUGCCGUUAGGAACGUGGCAUCAUCUGGGAAUGGUUCAUGGCGACAAAAAGACGAAGGAACGCAGCGAUCUAAUCACGCACACCCAAAGUCUAUUCAGCAAAUAUUUAGCACCCACUGCGUCACAGAUCGAUGCCGCUGUCGAUCAGCUGGCAAUUCGUUUCCAGCAUGAGGCGCUGCCGCCACGCAUUGCAUCUUCGGAGAAGAAACGCACCGUCUUCGGAUCGCGCAACAAAAAGGAUAAGCAUGGCAACUGCCGUUGCGACUAUGACCUAACGGAACAGACCAAAAUCCGUCUAUUGCGCCAAAAUAUCGUACGACUCGUUGCCCAAGAGGAAAACAGCCUCCGUCUCUACUACUACGUGGACAAUGCUCUCGAGUAUUGCAAAUACGAGGCGAACUUCAUGGAGAUCGACCGAGUGGAGGCGAAUGCCAUUAAGAUGCUAAUUAACAGCUAUCCCAAAUAUGUGAGCAUCAGUUCAUUGCCGCUGCCCAAUGUGGAGCAUUGCUUGGAUACCGCCACAGGUCUCUGGGAGCGUGGACUGCUGAUUACCGAGGAGCCAUUUAAAAAGAAUUAAUUCAUAUAUAUAUAUUUCCCAUUCAUGCACCACACACACAUCCACCUCUUCUAUGAAUUCCUGUAUUCCCUUUGCAUUAUCAUCUGUGUCUGUGUGUCUAUCGGUUGUUCAGCCAUUAAGUGAUUAAGAUCCCUUUUGGGACUUGCAGCAAAAAAGUUGAAAACACGAUAAUUAUAUUCAAAUAAAGCUAGGCCUAAGGUCACUUAUUAAACCAAA